UUAGUAUUCUUUGUAGUCAGAAUUUUAGUUAACUGUUUUAUUUCAUGUUUUCCUCUCUCUGUGUCUUUAUGUUGUCAUUUUGUUGUGACUUAAAUUCAAAUUUCCAAGGAUGUCAUAGAUAAAUUUUAAGAUCCUGCAUUCGACAGAUAUUAAAAAUGUAUGUAAAAUGUAAAAGCUUCUAAACAAUAUCCUGUUGUGUAUGAAAGGUGUAGUCUUACAUGGGUUACUUAAGUUUCUUAAAUUUCUUUGCAACAAGACCCUCCUUCUCUGGUACGGCGUCUCCAUGGCAGCAACAAACAGACCUUCACAGCGGGUCACGCAGGAGCUUCCUACCGUAAGCGAAAAAAUAAAAAUAUUGGGAUAAUCAUCUCAUAACAUUUUCUCUGGGUUGUUUUGCGCAGUUUUUAGGUAGUUGCCUCAAUAUUACCAGUGAUGCCGAAGAAGAAAGUCACCAAAGUAAAGAGGGCGAAAGCCGGGAAAGGGAAGAAAGAAGGCAAACAGGAGUCUAAAGCGGAUAAAGAGUCGGACAUGGAGAAGGCCAAGGCCAACGCUGCCCUAUGGGAGCUGAGGUUACAGGUCACCGACCAGUCGCUCGUGCAGUACCGCGAGGCCUGCCGCAAGUUGGCACGCGCAAACGAGGACCUCACCAACCAACUUUACCGCCAAGAGAAGGACACACUCGACAUAACUGACUUCCUAAAGAAACAACACGUAGCUAAAGAGGAGAAGAUCAGUAUGCUGCAGAAAAGCCUCAAAAGUCAAGAAGCACUCGCACGUGAAGAGCAAAACAAACUGGUUGAAAAUUACACACUUCAAAUCAGUGAGAUGCAGGAGCUGUUCAGAAAGAAGUCCAGUGACUUUAACAUGAUCCAGGAUGGAAUGAAGAAGAUUAAGGAGUUUCAGAAGAGAAAAGUGGAGAUGGAGCAGGAGCUCAGUGAUAUCAGAAAAAACAUGGAGGCUUCUGAAAAGGAGCACAGGGAAAGCCUAAACAAAAUGGAGAAUAAGUUCUUCAAAGAAAAGGCUCGCCUGGAGGUGGAAGCUGAGUGGAGGAUAGCUCAGGUAGUGGAGGCGGCCCACAAUGAAGCCAUUGUACAGUUGGACGACACGUCACGCUCCGUGUUCAAGGAGAACGUCCGUCUCAACGAAGCGCUGAAAUAUCACAUAAAGGAGGCGGAGAACCUGCAGAAAUUGACACAUUCGCUGGUUAAGGAAAAUGCAUCCCUGGCACUGGACAAGAACAUAUUUGAGUUGAUGGUAAAGGAGAGCGCAGCUCAGAUGGAGGCCCAAAAAGAGGAGCUCUCUAAACUGAGGACCAAGGUGGUUUCCCUGCAGCAGGCCCGGGAGCAAAAAGCUUUAGAACAUGAGCGAGAGAUGGAGAAAGAGAAGAAGACUCUGGUCAGUGUCCAGGCCAGCCAGGUGGAGCUGGACAAGCUGCAGAAGGUGCUUGCCAUGCGGGAAAGGGAACUGGGGCACAUAAAGCAGCUAGCCAGCACUAUUGUAGAGCAGCGUACAGAGCUGGAGCAGUUCUUCCAUGAAGCACUGGCUCAGGUGAAGCAGGAGAUCAUGGCCAGCAGGUUGAAAUACAAAAAGGAAGCACUACAAGCUUAUCGCUGGAGGAUGAGAGAAGCCACAGAAGGAAAGCUAAAGUUCCCACCCAUCCGCACCUUUCAUAAAAGCUCCCACAGUACCAACUCUGUCCAUUCAGACAUGGAGGCAGCAGCACUGUGGUCUCAUCAACCCGGCAGCAAAGUUGAAAUGUCAGAUCUCACUUGGGAGCAGAAGGAACGAGUGCUCAGGCUUCUCUUUGCUAAAAUGAAUGGCCAGAGGGAAAGGAAAGCUAGCCAACGUCUAGCCCUGUCUGCCACCUCCGAGAAGAAGAGCCCUAUUGACAGCGAUGCUGCCGGAAUUAGAGAGGAGCUCUCCCAGGCGACCUUCAUCACCCAGGCGCCUGAGCCCGUUAUGCCCUCGAACCCAAACAGCCUGCCGGAUGUACGCACCAUAUGACCUCUGUGUGGCCUCUGUAUCACACUCUGGAUUGUCCGCCUCUGCUUUGCAUGCUUCUCAUAAGCGUUGACAGUGUACAGAAGAAUACAAGAGAUUUGCUUGUGCUCAUUAAAAAUGUAUUACUGUGCAUAUAUAUACACACACACACAUACUAUAUAUACACACACACAUGCAAGCCUAUGCAUGCCUGUGAGUAUUCCCUUUCAUACCCAAAGCUUGUUUGAAUUGUGUCAUAAUCCCUUUAAAAGGAUCUAUUCCCUUAAGACAAAAUGACUUUCUAACCACAAAGUGCUGAUACCAAAAUAUGCACCAGAUAAUACACAAGAUUGCUAAAGAGCCAUUUGAAGGUGGAUAAGUGGAAUACAAUGCAAUGUCCCCAGCAACAUUCAUUCAUGGGGAUUAUAUACACUAGACUGUGAGUAAGUACACACGUGCUUCAUUGUGGGUGUUGUAUUUGACAUUGAUCCAACAUUGAGUCAGAUGUUUUGCAUAGUUAGGAUCUUAGCCACAGUGGUUUAUAUUUACAGAGUAUCUGUACAUACACAUCUAAUAUAAAAUCUUUAAAAAUGUGUCAUUAUAUAUAAUAUAGUAUAUAUGUGUGUGUGUACACACACAUAUAUAUAGUUAUCUUUGUUGAAGAAGAGUGUUUAGGUCUUCGGGUUUAUCCGUCCAUGGAGUAUUUAGCGUCCCAUAGUAGGCAUGGUAACUGCAGGACUUUUCAAGGUGGCAUCUUCAGCUUUCCACUGUGAGGUUAUAGUUUUGAUCUGUGUAUAGAACUGGAUUCCCUGGAGAGAAAGAAAUAAAAGCAUUUAGACUGCCA